AUGAGUGACUCAAGUCCCGUCAGCAACUACCUCGGCCAUCGCCCUCCCAGCGUGGCCUUUAUUGACAAUCGACUUCCAGAGCACCAUCAACUGUUCGCGGAUCCUUCAGUGCGCUAUGAUCCGGUUUCCGAAAUCUACGUUCCUUCUAGGAUCCAGGAGGAUGACCAAGUUGCGAUGGCAUCAAGACCAGUGUUUACAGAUAUUAAGGCGAUGAGAUUCUGGGAGAGUAUCCUCCCUAGAGCUAUGUCGGAGCUGCAUUCAACACCAGAGCCCAAAGGGCGAUCCGAAUCACCUUAUAGUAUCCGAAACAAGACGAACUGGCAUGCAAUCUUUAGCAGCCUCGAGGAAGCAAAAUACAGAUAUGAAAACAGAGAGGGGCCCAUGAACAAACUACGUGACAUGCGGCGAAAAGCUGCGAACAAGGCCGGGCCCGUGGGGAGUGUGGUUGGCAUCGUUUCGAAGGUUAUCCCUGAAGGCACUUUGGCUACGCCUGUGCUGGGCGCUUUGCAGAUUCUUCUAGGUGCAGUCAAGAUUGCUGCAAACCUACGUGAAAAGGUUCUUGGAAGUUUCGAUGAUAAUAUGGCCAUCUUUUCGGAUGUCGAGCUAUUCCUGGGAACUUUUCCCGACGAUGAGAACAUUGUAAACGCGUCGGUGGACCUCAUUGUUGCUGCGCUCAAAGGAAUUGAGUUGGCCAUCGGGUUCUUCACCAGCAAUUCAUUGAAAAGAGGGACCAAGGCUCUUCUCACAAGUGACGAAUACGAAAAGGGCCUGCUUGAAAGCCUGGACACAAUCAAGACGAAAAGCAAAAGUCUUAUGGAAGAAGCUUUGAAGUCACAUAUCUAUGAAGUCCAUAUCUACUCUCAAGAGACGCAGAAGCUAUGCAGAAACAUUCAGACACUCAGUGAAGCAAUGGACAGGAAAUUGCAGAAUCUGGGAGAGGGUUUCAACUCUAUGAACCUCCUUUUAACUGAACACGUCAAAGAGAAAGAGAAAUUGUUGGAAGCUGCUCGCCAACAGCUCGAAGUCGCCUACCGCGAGAAUCACUUUCUCAGGGCCGAGAACAACACACUACGUGCCUAUUCGCCUCUCAGAGCCAUAUCACCAUUCCAGCCGCCACAGACGCAGAUAUUAGCUGCACAUUGGUACAUCAGUCAACAGGAUCUACGACAGCUAUUGAACCAGUUCGACGUUGAUCUUGUUGAUCUCGCCUUUGUUGCGGACAGAAAGGGCCAGCUUCCUCCCAAGCAGCGACUGCAAGCCGAGCAAAUCGUCAACACACAGCUGUUCCGUAACUGGGUCAUUUCGCCCACUUCUUCGAGACUCCUCAUCCAUUGGGAUAAUCGUCUUCCAAAGACCAUUGCUGGCCUCUCGCCUCUAUCUGUCUUCUGUAUGACCAUAACACAGGCAUUGAGAGCCAAGGAUCAGUUUGUGUCUCUUGUAUGGUUCUGUGGACGACAUGCCGAAGCAGCAGAGUCCAGAGGCUGCAUUGGUGCACGUGCCAUGCUUUCAAGCCUGGUUGAUCAGUUGUUGAAGCAACACCCAUUUGACGCUCAGUUUCUCUCUUCCAACAGCAUCAACAUUGCCGGGCUACAAGAAGGCAGUCUCGAUGCAUUGAUACAGCUGCUAUGCUAUCUCAUCCGGCUACUGCCUCCAACGGUGUCAGUCUUUAUCAUUAUAGACAAUGCCGUCCUUUAUGAACGGGACGGAUUCGAGGAGGAGUUGCUGCAAGUCUUUCCGACGCUGAUUCAUCUUUCCCAAGACACAACCAUGCCCGCGGCCAUCAAACUGCUUUUCACAAGUACGCCGGGCACCACGACUGUGCGAAGUGCCUUCGAGGAUCUAUUAUUGAACGUCGAUAACUUGCCGCAAAUGACCUGGGCACCAAGCGAAGAGCGGAUGAUGCGGGAACUCGAGGGGGGGCUUUCUUGA